AUGGGGAACUGGGCUGUGAAUGAGGGACUCUCCAUCUUUGUCAUUCUGGUGUGGUUGGGGUUGAACGUCUUCCUCUUUAUUCACUACUACAAGUUUUAUGAUGAUGGACCUAAGUACUUUUAUACUCGAAAACUCCUUGGGUCAGCACUGGCUCUGGCCAGGGCACCUGCAGCCUGCCUGAAUUUCAACUGCAUGCUGAUCCUGCUGCCAGUGUGUCGAAAUUUGCUCUCCUUCCUCAGGGGUUCCAGUGCGUGUUGCUCAACAAGAAUUCGAAGACAACUGGAUCGGAACCUCACUUUCCAUAAAAUGGUAGCAUGGAUGAUAGCACUUCACACUGCGAUCCACACCAUUGCACAUCUCUUCAAUGUUGAGUGGUGUGUGAAUGCCAGAGUCAACAAUUCUGACCCAUAUUCAGUAGCACUCUCUGAAAUUGGUGACAAGGACAAUGAAGAGUAUCUCAAUUUUGCUAGAGAAAAAAUCAAGAACCCUGAAGGAGGCCUGUAUGUGGCCGUGACUCGAUUGGCUGGUAUCACAGGAGUUGUCAUCACACUGUGUCUCAUAUUAAUUAUCACAUCCUCUACCAAAACCAUCCGGAGGUCUUACUUUGAAGUGUUCUGGUAUACACACCAUCUAUUUGUGAUCUUCUUCAUUGGCCUUGCCAUCCAUGGAGCUGAACGAAUUGUACGUGGACAGACUAAAGACAGUUUGGAGAAGCAUGAUAUAAAGUUCUGUGAAAACAAAAUCUCAGAAUGGGGAACAAUAGAGCAAUGCCCAGUACCAAAGUUCUCUGGAAAUCCUCCUAUGACUUGGAAAUGGAUAGUGGGUCCCAUGUUCCUGUAUCUCUGUGAGAGGCUGGUCCGGUUUUGGCGAUCUCAACAGAAGGUGGUCAUCACCAAGGUGGUCACUCACCCUUUUAAAACCAUUGAGCUUCAGAUGAAGAAGAAGGGAUUCAAGAUGGAGGUAGGACAGUACAUUUUUGUCAAGUGCCCCAAGGUAUCCAAGCUGGAAUGGCACCCAUUCACCCUGACCUCUGCUCCUGAGGAAGACUUUUUUAGCAUUCAUAUCCGUAUCGUGGGAGACUGGACAGAAGGGCUAUUCAAUGCUUGUGGCUGUGAUAAGCAAGAGUUCCAAGAUGCCUGGAAACUGCCUAAGAUAGCAGUUGAUGGGCCCUUUGGCACAGCCAGUGAAGACGUGUUCAGCUAUGAAGUGGUGAUGCUAGUGGGAGCAGGGAUUGGAGUUACACCUUUUGCCUCCAUUCUCAAGUCUGUCUGGUACAAAUAUUGCAAUAAUGCUACAAAUCUGAGGCUCAAAAAGAUCUACUUCUACUGGCUGUGCAGGGACACACAUGCCUUUGAGUGGUUUGCAGACCUGCUGCAGCUGCUGGAGACCCAGAUGCAGGAAAGGAACAAUGCUGACUUCCUCAGCUACAAUAUCUACCUUACUGGCUGGGAUGAGUCUCAGGCCAAUCACUUUGCUGUACACCAUGAUGAGGAGAAAGAUGUGAUCACUGGCUUAAAACAAAAGACUCAGUAUGGAAGGCCCAACUGGGAUAAUGAGUUCAAGACAAUUGCAAGUCAACACCCUAACACCAGAAUAGGAGUUUUCCUCUGUGGCCCUGAAGCCUUGGCUGAAACCCUCAGCAAACAGAGCAUCUCCAACUCGGAGUCUGGCCCUCGUGGAGUACAUUUCAUAUUCAACAAGGAAAACUUCUAACUCAGCUCUUUCAUGAAGAAAUAAGUGUAUGCUGCCAAAUGCCCCAAUAUUGCUUGUUGACUGUAUGAGCUCCAUCCUCUGAAGAAAGAAGGAAGAAAGGCAACUAUAAUGACAUAGCCCCCCCCAAAAGAAUUGCAAAUGUUGUUUGCUAGUGAUAGGUCACAUUUGAAUGGAGCUUCAUGGCUUUCACAUCACUCUUAGAAACAUCUCAUGUUGCUUUAUUUCAUCUUUUCCUCUGCAUGCCAGAAGAGGGGAAGGCAAGAAUUGUCUGGGGCUCGUUUUAGGAUAAACAUUAGGAGCUCUAGUAAUUUCAUCACUUUCCCUCAGAUUCAAAAGCUGAAACCAGUUCUAUGCCACCUGACUCCAUGUGUGGUGAUCUUUUCAUAUUUAAUACCAGGCCAUCUCAAGAAUCAGAUUUUAUACCCUCCCCAAACAGGAGAGCUAAUCAAAGAGUAGCUCAUCAUUCUUCAUUUUUGUUUCAUCUUUAACACUAGCAUUAUCCAAAAGGAGAGUGAUUUUUUAUGGAGGAGAUAAUAAUGGUGACAGGAUUGUCAUGGAAGUAUAUUCCAGUUUACCAGCACAACAGCCUAAUUGGGUCAGAGAUUAUUCCUACAAAGGAACAGUAGACUGGAGUUAAGGUGGCACUCUGCAUUUAGCAUGGUGCUUGGCAGAGUGGGUGUUCAAGUUCAUCUUAUUGAAUAAAUGAACAAAUGAAUGCAAACAUUUAGAGCUAUACAAUGUCAGAGUGGAAUUAAUUUGAUGCCAGAGACAAAAUUACACUUCUGUUACUUUUACAGACCAGAGGAUCCUGAUUCCCCUGGUGGGUAGAGAGCAGGAUAUGAACCAGUAGGAUAACCUGGCCUAGUGUAUUCAUCCUAUUGAUAUUUGGAGGCAAGAGGGAUGAAUUCAGAGACCUAAGCUGCUAUGAUUAUGCUGGCUAUAAACCCAUAAGAUGGGAAAGAAAAACAUAUCUGUUUACUGCCAGAAAUGGUCAGUUCUAGCCAACCCUUGUGGAUUUUGCACUGAUUCUAGCAAACGUUUUUGUGAUAAUACAUAUCCUGUUUAGAAUCCAUUUAUUCUUUUUUUUGCUUAGACACUCACACAAUUAGACCUAUGUGUAUAGAUAAUAACUUGUUUUUACUACAGCAUUUUCAUCACCACCAUUACCAGCAUUGCCAUCUUCCUGAAAUAUAAAUCCUCAAAACUGUAAUCCUGAAAUAGUGAAAUCACACCCAAUAUUUUAAUGGGUAGCUAGACACACUAUAAGUGCAAGACACAGCCUAAAUCACUGCUAGAGUAGUAACAAGUUCUUUACAAAAUCUACUGACAUUUCUGGGAACUAAAAACAGCUAUGAUUGCCCCACCACCAGGAAUACAAAUAUUUACAACUAUUCAGCUUUGGAAAUGAGGAAGAAAAAGCAGAGGGAAGGGCAGAUGCCUUGUUGCAGAGAAAGGAAAAUAUGGAGACAACAGAAGGGAAAAUAAAGUGCGACACUCAAAAGGGAAAGGGUGGGGGAGGGGUCUCGCAGUGUUCUGUUUCACCCUCCAGUUCUGUUUUGUAUGUAUUGCAUGUGAUUUGAGGGAGGCAUGCAGACUCAUCUUGUUCUGACUUCAGAUGGUGUUGAAUCUUUUCAAUUCUGGUCACAAAUUUUGAUGUUAUGUGGACAUGUUGAAGGGACUAGAUGAAGCAAGAGCUCAGAUGUCCCUUAUGUUACUUCUACACCCUUAUUCUGCCACCAUCCUUAGAGCACUAAAGGUUGCUUCUGGCAAAUAAGGCCUUCCUAGAUGUGCACAUGACACCACAAAAAAUGCUCCCCCUGGAGAAAGGUCUGAUCUCUUCAUGUUGCACUCUAGGCAUGAGUCCAUUCAUUUAACAUGCAUUUGUUUUGUAUAAUUCAUACGAGUAAGACACUGUGUGCAUAGUUGCAAUUAUUUGUAGCAAAUUUUGAGUUAGAGGGAGACCUCAGUUACACAGAAUUUGAACAUAUGUUUCUAACAAAGUGGUAUUAAAUAGUGUCUCUCUGUUUGUUACUCCAAGAAUGUUUCUCCAAUUUUCUAUAGAUACCAACACAGUUCCCAAAACAGAGAUCUAUCUACCCUGUGUUAUUUUGGCUCUGAGAUGGAAAAUGAGUGCAAUGUGCUUCUUGUUUGAGAACUUCCUUCUUUUUCCUCCCAAGCUCCCAGCCCCCAGCUCCCAGCUGCCAGCAUAGCUCUUUCCGCAUUUAUUUCUUAGAAUGUAGUAGCAGAUAUUUCGGUAUAUAUUUAGCAAAAAAUAUCAAAUGAGAAAAUAAGGCGACACAUCCUUUUCUUAGUUUUCUUGCUUUUGUAAUAUUGUGUUUAUGGAAUUGGAAUACACGCUGUCACUGUAUAUAAAUGGCUUCGGGGAGAAGA